AGCAAACGGAUUUUAUAGAUUAAAAUGAAGUGAUUUAAUCUCUACCUUUUGUCUAAUAAGUAUUAAAAAAAUGCCUCACUCUAAUAGCUAGUUGAUCUACUCUAGCUUGAGUUAGAACAAAGAAAGAACCUGAAAGUCAAAAUCUGGAGUUGUGCCAAACAGUCGUGGUAAGCUUUCCCAGUUCCAUGCAAGAGGGUGAACAAUUAGAGCAGUCUCAACGUUCCACGCGGGAUGAUUUUAUUACAGACUUAAACAGAUUGCCACGUAGGACUUAUAAUAUAUAGUAAGGCUUUAGCGAAGAAAUAGCACCUCAUCUUUUCGUUUAUGUUUAUGCUUAUGCUUAUAUGCUAAAACUUCAAUUUUCAACCUUAAAUUUGAAGUAUGUUUUUAGGCCCUAUUCGUUUCACGGGAAUACAAAUUCAUAGGGAUAGGAAAAGUGGAGGAUUAGGAAGAAACAUGCACUUCAAUCCUAUAGGAAACCAAACCUCAGGAAUUCAAAAGCAAAGUGCAUUCGGAUCCAUCCAAAGGAAAAAUAUAGGAACAUUCUGCUACUUGAAGAAAUAUAUUAUUUUUUAAAGUUUGAAUUAGCUAGCAACCGUUGAGCAUGUCUACCUCAACUAGCCGUUAGUAGUACAUUUCAAGUUCAUAAUAUAAAUAGCUCCAGGGCUUGUAUCAGGUAGCACCGUUCACUUCACUUUCUCUUUCUGUUUGCUCAUCAAAAGAAGCUUGCUUGCAUCAUUUUUGGAGAAUUAGCUUGCUCAUCAUUUAGCCAACACAGUUAUACAUCAUCACUUGCUCCUGGAACAAUAAGGUUAGCACUUGUUCAAGUUGUGCAAUAAAAUCGUUAGUUUUCAUAGGAAAUGUUAUGAUUUUUACUCUCUUAUAUUGAUUUAUUUACUUCCAGACACAAUGUAUCCAAGCUACCGACGUAGGUCAAAUAGUGACGAUGAGUUCAUUCAUUUUGUUUUGCCUACCUUGGAAAAUUCAACACAAUCAUCUUCUACUAGGAGAUCAAUGCACACAUCAAAACUUUCAGGGGGUUGUCGUGUUCAUGAGAUUUUAACUGGACAUGAAAGAUUAUGUAAAAGGAACUUUCGCAUGGAAGUUGGCAUUUUUCAUGCACUAGUCGACAAGUUGCGUGAGAAAGGGUACCUAGCUAACACAAUAUAUGUUUCAGUGGAAGAGCAAGUUGCUAUAUUCUUGUAUGCAGUAGCAAAAAAUGCAACCAAUGAAACACUUCAAGAUUGGUUUCAGCAUAGCCCAGACACAAUACAUCGAUAUUUCAAAGCAGUGUUGAAUGCAAUAACAAAUCUUACAUCUGUCUACAUUCGUGCACCUUCCCUGCAUCCACAUCCAAUCUUGAGCAAGCCACAGUUUUACCCCUUUUUUAAGAAUUGCAUUGGUGCUAUAGAUGUUACUCACAUCCCUAUGAAACUUCCAUUGGAUGAGCAAGAGCCAUACAGAAAUAGGAAGCAAACAAUCUCACAAAAUUGUAUGGUUGCUUGUGAUUUUGAUUUGAAGUUUGUGCAUAUACAUCCUGGAUGGGAGGGGUCAGCUUCAGAUGCAAGGGUUUUGCAUGAUGCACUUAACCAUGGUUUUGAAGUUCCAAAUGGUAAAUUUUAUCUUGUAGAUGCUGGUUAUGCAAAUACACCUCAAUUUCUAGCUCCAUAUCGUGGUACUAGGUAUCAUUUAAAAGAACAAGGAAGAGCUCGCCAAAGGCCACAAAAUUAUAAGGAAUUAUUUAAUCUUCGACAUGCUCAACUUCGGAAUCAUGUUGAGAGAAUUAUUGGCAUCUACAAAAUGAGAUUUCCUAUACUAAAAGUGGCUUCACAUUUUCCAAAAGAAAAACAGGUUGACAUAUCUGUGGCUUGUGCUGUUCUACAUAACUUUAUACGCCUAUACAAUGGAGAUAUGACUUGGCCUAGUAAUGCUACCAUGGAUAUUGAUCAAGAGCAGAUUAUUGAUGUGCCAGAUGGAGACCAUAACUAUCAGGAUGAUAUAAAUGCAUUUAAUUUCUCUAGGGAAGCAGGAAAUCAAAUGCGAGAUGACAUAGCACGACAAAUGUGGGAUCAGUACAUAUCCCGAAGGACUUCAAGAUAGGAAUAUAUUGAUAUGGCAUGCAAGUUCUAUUACCGUCCAUGUAUACUACGAAUAUUACUGUUCUACUGCAUUAUAUAACAAUUCUUUUUUUUCCCUGACCAAAAUAUGCUAACCACCAAAUGACCAAAAUAUGCUAACC